AUGGCCUUCAACUUCAACUGGUCGCCGCUUAUGGCAGACGCAGGCUUCUACACCAGAGCCCAAGAUCUGCUCACUGCGGCCCUGAACAAGUCUCCUAAACCACCCAUCAUCGUCGACGAUAUCGUCGUCACUGAAUUGAAUCUGGGCUCUAACCCGCCCGAGCUGGAGAUUCUGGAAAUCGGAGAUCUGGCCGAGGAUCGAUUUCGUGGGAUUUUCAAAAUGUCGUAUGCUGGGGACGCGGUUCUCACACUCAAGACUUGUGUGCAGGCGAAUCCCUUGAAUACGUAUCUUCUCACGAGGCAUCCGUUUACGUCUCCUCAGCCUCUUGCUGCUGCAACCGGCUUGACCAUCCCUCUCCAAAUCACCCUCUCUGAUAUAAAGCUUUCCGGCUUCGUUAUCCUCGUCUUCUCAAAACAAAAAGGCAUCACCGUUGUCUUUCGAAAUGAUCCCCUUGAAUCCCUGAAGGUCUCAUCAACCUUCGACUCCAUCCCUUUUGUCCGCGACUAUCUCCAGAAAGAAAUCGAAGGCCAGCUACGAAUCCUUUUCAUGGACGAGCUUCCCGCAAUUAUACAUAGGCUCUCCUUGCGCCUGUGGAGCACGGAAUACAGUGAACUUGAAACCACCUGUGAUCAAGUCACAAACCCAUCCCUCGAAGGACCAGGCCAGGACCCGCUCCUAAACCCUCCCCAGGACCCCGUCGACUCCUUCGGAAACGUUCUCUCCAUCUCCGAAAUAGCCUCACUGUCUCUUGACUCUGGCGUCGAGAUGCACUCCCUCUUCUCUCGAAAGAACGCCCUCCGUAUAGCCGCCUUGACGGAUUCCCAACGUACGCUUUCCCUCUUCACCCCAUCCAUUCGCGAAGUCGUUUUUCGGGCAUGGACCGGUUCAAUAGAGCAGGCAGAUGGGCCAAGCGGACUCGUCUCUCCCAUGAGCCCACCCUUAUCCAGAACGCAAUCACACAUAACGGUCGCAAGCGCACCGCUCUCCUCGCAAGACACUGCAAGCGUGGCAUCCUCCCAAAGCCGCCCCGGCCUCCCUUCAUCGGGCUAUAGCGGCUACGGCCUCAGUCUAGGUGCAGCGCGCCAUUCCAAAGCGCACGCCCGCAAACGCAAGAAGCGAGUUAUUGACCUGCGCCCACACCGUAAACCCACAGAUGACAUGGCGAGCAUCAGUGGUGAAAGCUCAUGUACAGACUCGACGAUCACGACGACAACCAAGAGCGCCGCAUCUGUAUACUCCAGCUCUAUCAUCCCGGAAGAGAAUAACGAUGAUGAUCCUGUCACACCGCCUGUGUCGCCGGUGCGCAACUCGACCGUUCGCCGUCGACAAACGCUCCGUGACCGCAUCGUCGACCGUGAUGAUGCCGAAAGAACAAACAUUCGAAGACCACCCAUCCCCGCGGAAUUUGGCCAUGAAUUUCCCCUCCGCCCCACGCAACCUCUACCGUCAAACGAAAUAGAUAGAAACGUGACAUCGCCAAACCCCAAACCCGAAGAUUCGCAUCACUUCCAACCACCACGACAAGACACAGCACCCAUCCGAAAUAUCCCCUCAGCUCCUUUGGGUCCGCCCGCUCCAGCUCCAAUCCCUGCAUCUGCAUCUGCCUACCCGCCCGAAAAACCUACAUAUACACAGUCCUUUCCCCCCUCAUUCAUGGAAGUAGCACAUAACGGUUCCAUCCUCGAGCAGGCAUGGAUGAUGAAAAUGGCCAGCGAAAUCGCGCGAAGGAUCCAGGAUGAAAACUCCUCGGCGAUGGGUAGUUAUGUAGGUAGUGGCAGCGGUAGCGGUGGGUUUUGGGACCGAUCGCAUACGCCGCCGCCAGCUUACCGGCAUUGA